ACGUUUUCUCCUCGAGACCGCCACGCUUAACGAUGCGCGCUCACCGGACUUCGACCUUUUUUUGUCAUAACAAUCUGCCUUACAACACUUAACACAUUUGACGCCAUCACCCGCCCACAAAACGAAGAUUUUCCGUAAUUACCAGCCACCGUCGACCGGGAUCAUCGACCAAAGAUAGACCAGGCUGCGGGGAAACCACCUCACCUCUCUCAACGCGCGCGAGCGCUGCGACCGCUCUGCUGUUAGCCACUAAUGCGCCCUUCCCUCGCACCAUUGCUUGUGCUGCUGGGUCUACUAUGCUCCACUGUCGCUACCAGUCCUACAUUUCCCAACUCGACGGAGAGGGACGACAAUGGUCAUGGCACUGAUGUAGACGCGAGCGCGGCAGACAGCAAAUCAAUGUCGCUGGAAAGUUACUGCGCGGCGCAGCUCAGUAGUUUCACAGCGACCUACCAGAGUACAGAGAUUGCUACCAGCAGGUGGACAUGGUAUGAAGGGUUUGGACCGACGGAUUCAGCCGGGGACUUGACCGGAUCUGUGACCUCGCAGACCUAUUGGACGAGUACAUUCUUGUAUACACAGUAUGCCGUCCGUGCAUAUACGCCCAAGCCGCCUUGCUGUGCCUCAUGUUACAUAACAGGAGGCACGAUAGACUUUUAUUUUUGGCCGGAUCAAGCAACGCCGACAACUCCGGCUCCGGGUCAACCCAGUACGAGUGUCGACGCGGAAGGGUUCACCUUCACCUCACCGAGCGUCUAUAUGGCUUUCAGCUCAUUAGUCGCAAGUGAUGCAUGCGGGCAAGUAGGAGAUGCCUGGACCAGCACGACUAUAGCUUUUGAUGCAUCCGAGAUUACUACUGCACAACCCAUCACUACAUUGACACAAUAUGAGUCCGACUACGUAUCAGACGACGGCAAAACAUACAGGAUGAUGGGCUCUGCAGUAACGACACAACCACUACCAAGGUCGGUAAACUAUGAUGAAGUAGGCCAAAACUGCUCAACGAUAUCUGGAUAUGUUUACUGGCCGGCCAACCCUAUCAACGCUGCGAACGCGUUGUAUCAUCCCGACCCUUGUCAUCCCGUCAUAUUGUUGCCACCAAGAUUGAUCAGUAUGCAACAGCCUUGGAUCAACGCAGGCUGUGGACCAGCGCCAGGAAUGAGCGGAGCCUACGAUCCGCCGAGAGUCCUUACGCCGUUGGCAACCGCCACCACGACUGGAGAUGCCAACCCUACUCCAAAAUGGGGUGGCCGUGUCAAUGGAGAUGGAGGUGCCAGUCCGGCAUCUAGUGCAGAAGCUGGAGCGUCUAGUACCACGAGGCCAGUGUCGACGGGCGUGACGGCUGUUUACGAAUCAGCCAAGUCAUCUCCCUCGGAAGAGGCUGCAUCAACAGUCACAGUGACUGCUGCGGAUGCGGUAACGACAGCCAUUGUGAUAUCUGGUCAACACGUCGGCCCAGACUCGCUCACUGGUGUGGCUGGUGCAAUCCUAAGCGGCCUUGGAGGCACUGGCUCUGAAUCGGAUGCUGGUGACAGCGCUUCCAAGUGGGACCCUGCGCAGGGCAUUGCUGCAUCUGCUGUCAAUGCCUCUCCUGUGGUUUCAUCGUCUAGCAGCAGCUCGAGCGGGAAGAAGGAUUCGAGUGUGAGUAGCAAAACUAGUGGUUCAUCUUCUAGCUCGACAACCACUGGUAGUGCUACGAGCGACGACUCGGCAGCAGCAACCUCAAGCGGUGUCGCUGCGUCAGGCAAGACUGCUGAGUCUGCUAUGUGGUCUUUCCUGACACCACUCUUACUUUUGUGGAUCUAAUUGUCGAGGUAUCUUUCUGAUUGGUACAUCUCAAAUCUUGUUUAUGCAUUUCUUUUGUCUAUUUGGUCUCGGCCUCUUCAAUUCUUGGAUAUACACGAUUCGGUUUCUCGGCGUUCUCAUAAUUAAAAGCCAAUACAGAUGUAUAUAAUUGCAUAAUGACUCAAUUCUGUCAAAGAGAGUGCCCUGUU